CGGGUUGUCUGAGGUGGAGCCGAGGACGCCGCCGGCUCCGCGGCCGCAGCCUCCUCCUCCCUGCGCGCGCGCGCGCCUGGGCUCGGCGUGGGCGUCCGAGGAAGCUGGGAUACAGCAUUUAAUGAAAAAUCCAUGAUUAAGGUGUGAAAAUGGCAGGCUUCCUGGAUAACUUCCGCUGGCCAGAAUGUGAAUGUAUUGACUGGAGCGAGAGGAGAAAUGCUGUGGCGUCUGUAGUAGCUGGCAUAUUGUUUUUUACAGGUUGGUGGAUAAUGAUUGAUGCUGCUGUGGUAUAUCCCAAGCCAGAGCAGUUGAACCAUGCCUUUCAUACAUGUGGUGUGUUUUCCACAUUGGCUUUCUUCAUGAUAAAUGCCGUGUCCAAUGCUCAGGUGAGAGGGGACAGCUAUGAAAGCGGCUGUUUAGGAAGAACAGGUGCUCGGAUUUGGCUCUUCAUUGGUUUCAUGCUGAUGUUUGGGUCGCUCAUUGCGUCCAUGUGGAUCCUUUUUGGUGCAUACGUUACCCAGAAUACUGAUGUUUAUCCAGGACUAGCUGUGUUUUUUCAAAAUGCACUCAUAUUUUUUAGCACUCUGAUCUACAAGUUUGGAAGAACUGAAGAGCUAUGGACCUGAGAUUGCUUCUUAAAUCACGUUUUCCUUUUGCUAUUUUCUAUUUGUAGAUAAGUUUUUAUUUCUCGCUAUGAUUUACACAUUGCCAAAUGGAAUGGAUUGUACACUCAGUUUUGUUUCUUUACCUUUUUAUGCCCUGAGUUUUGAAAUAGUUUUAUGAACUCUGUCCUUUUUUUCAUUGACCAGACUGUUAAUAUGUACAUAAUAUAAGACUACUUAGGUUGGAUAAUGACUGUCGGUUUUUUAUUCCUCAGACUUUAAGCUUGAUCCCUUCCCUGAGCCAGGGUUGUGUCAUCUUGUCCUGUGGAGGUGACUGCUCUAACGUCUCUCUCUGGUUUCUGAAGCUGUGCAGAAACUAUUGCUCCAUGUAUCUGGAAAAAGCUGUGAGCCAUUAAAAGAGGCAUUUCCACAAGUUGUAAUUUAUUUUGGCUUAAAAAGGAGAAUUUUUUUAAAGGAAAAUGUGUUAUUAUGUGUUCAAGAAGUGGACUUUUAUGUGAAGAUUUUUUAAAUGCCUGAAGGAGAGCUUUUGAAAGCCUCUUUUAAAAAGAAUUCUUCUAACACGGCUUUGUUUGAGAAGGGGUGGUCCGUGAUGGAGUUCGCUCAGCUUCUCCUGGCCAGUGGAAGCAGGCUGCAAGGCAGCUCAGCCACAGGCUCUCCUAGGAGCAGCUCAUGCAGUGUCCUGGGGCUGUCCCUGGGCCGCCCGGCCUUGUCUGAUGGCACCCAGGAGCAAGCACAUGUGAGACAGCAUGGCUCCUGUAACACAAAGUGGAAUAAUUAGUUUAAAGAUAAAUCACUUCUUCCCAAAUGGAAUUAUUAUAACCUUGUAAAAACAAAAGUAGGCAUUGCAUCCAGUUGUUAUGACUGCAAGUCUCUUUCUGCUCUAGCUCUCAAGCGCUGGGUGAAUGUUUCUGUGAAAUACAUCUUCAGUUUGGAAGUUCACACUCCAAUCAGAAACCUCUUCCACAGAGUUUGAAAUACCAUGUUUGUACUCUGUGCGUUCCUGUGGGCCUUUAUGGCUGCUUCUGCUCUCUGGAUUUGUGUUGCACUUCUUUAUGGAGCUUUGUGUUGUAGCCAGGAGACCAGUGGUGGUCUACGCAGCUCCUAGUGUCAGCCUUAGUCUGCAGCCUGCGCUCCUCUUACUGUGCACAGCUAAUGAAGCAGCUGCCGAGUGCUGUGCCUUUGUCUAGAAGCCAUCUUGUUUGAUUACUUCUUUCCUUGUUGUUAUUUUUUGCUCAAAAUUAUCAGUACGCUUUGUCUUGCAUCCAGUAAACUGUAAGAAUAUUUACUUGUUUCCAUUGUCAUAGCCUGUUGCAAUAAAUAUUAUUUCUCACA